CGCGCUGCGCAACUUUACGCUUCUUAAACUCGCUUUUCACUCAGAAGAAGAGUGCAAGUAUUUACGCGCUUGUCAGAAUCAUACAAAGAAAACAUGAAUAUUUCAAGCACCAGUAACUCUAGCUCCAGUUCCAGCGAUGAAGAAAUUAUUGUUCUGUUGAAUGAGGAAAGACGCCGGAAAAGACGCCGAUUUUGGGUACAUCCCAUAGUUACGAGAAGAGAAGAACAUGGGGAGUUUUAUCGACUGGUACAAGAGCUGAAAAUGUAUCAUGAGCGUUUUCGGGGGUAUUUUAGAAUGUCCGUCAGUGAGUUCGAAAAUUUACUUCAACAACUGGCUCCCUUGCUGACGAAAGAACAGACACACUACCGUAAACCAAUCGACCCAGAACAGCGUUUGGCCGUGUGUUUACGUUUUCUAAGCACUGGGGACUCGUACCGCUCUAUUGCGUUCAGCUUUCGACUUGGUGUGUCAACUGUGGCUUCGAUAGUGAGUGAAACCUGUGAUGCAUUGUGGCACUGCCUCAGAGAUGAACAUUUGCCAGUGCCUACUGAAGAGAUGUGGAGGAGUACAGCCAGGAGAUUCCAUGAAAGAUGGAAUUUCCCUAACUGCUUGGGAGCCAUGGAUGGGAAACACAUAUUCAUCCAGGCCCCUGCAAACUCUGGUUCUCUAUACUUUAAUUAUAAAGGUACAUUCUCCGUUGUAUUGCUGGCCUUAGUUGAUGCAGAUUACCGCUUCCUGGUGGUUGAUGUGGGGAGCUAUGGCAGCAACAGUGAUGGAGGAAUCUUUGCCAAUUCUGUACUGGGAAAGGCACUCAGAAAUGGAACUCUGAAUGUUCCCCCACCAAGUGAACUUCCAGGUGCUCCUGAGCUGGGAAAAGUUAACCAUGUCAUUGUGGCGGAUGAAGCUUUUCCGCUGAAACCAUAUCUCCUCCGGCCAUACCCUGGACGCCGCCUCCCCACAGACAAGAGAAUUUUCAAUUAUCGUUUGUCUCGGGCACGGCGCAUCUCUGAAAAUGUAUUUGGCAUCCUCAGUCAACGCUUCCGGGUUUUCCAAAGAACUUUACAGGUUCAACCAAGUGUUGUUGACAAAGUUGUCAAAGCUGCUUGUGCGUUGUGCAAUUAUUUGCGCCCGAACGGAAAUGACCAGAAUCGUGCCACAGAGGAUGACCAUGAUUGUGAGCAACCACUACAAGGCUUUGAACAUUGUAGGGGGCAGCGGGCAUCUGUGGAGGCCCAAAAUGUCCGAGAACUGUACAAAGAGUACUUCAACUCACCAGCAGGAGAAGUUGCUUGGCAGUAUGACCAUGUGAACCAUGCUCUGGGGAACAGAUAAUAUCAACCUAUAAAUUUGAGCCAUUUUAAUUACAUUUUCCAUUGAGAAAACUGCUAGUGUAUGUGUAUAUAUACAAUUUCUGUGAACUUGAAUACACUAUCAAAUCUAUUGCAUCUGAUUCUUCAUUAAUUAAUAUGGCAGCACUCACCACAGCAAAUUAAAUAUUUUUGAUAUAACAUGUUCUAUCAAAGUUAAAGCAUAGUUUUUUUUUGCAAAAAGUAAAGUAUUUGGUCACUUCAACAUAUACUUAUUUACAACUAAAUGUAAGUUGUAUUUUUGAAAAUGUGUAUUUUUAAUAAACAUUUUUACUAGCA